GGGAAGCGUUAAAGCGAGCCGGUGGUUUGGGGUCGCGCAGUCUAAAUCGGCCAAGACGAACGUGAAUAUUCUUCACCAAGAGGAGUUGAUAGCGCAGAAAAAGAGAGAAAUUGAGGCCAGACUGGAGCAGCAAGCGAGACAGAAUUACCUGAGCAUACAACAGCUACCUCUCUUUGGAGAAGAUGACGGUACUGAAAAUGAAGCCUGUGUUUCCAACAAGUUUGUUAAUGAUGGCAGUUUCCUCCAGCAGUUUCUCAAGCUGCAGAAGGAAAAGUCAAGUACUGAAACUCCCCCAAGUUCUACUAAUAACUCGGCAAACACUUCUGCAUCACAUGUUGGGAAGAAACCUAUGCUGUUUGGGAAGCGCCCCGGUCAGGUCCUGAGCAGCAUGCUGCACCAAGCGAAGAACUACUCCCAUUCCAAACAGACCCCAGUCGUUAACCGCCUCAGUGUGUUUCAGUCGCCAGACGAAGAUGAGGAGGAAGAUUAUGAGCAGUGGUUGGAAAUUAAAGUUUUACCCCCAGAGGAUGCGGAGACCCGACAAGUGGUGGAAAAGCUGGCUAGGUUCGUGGCCGAAGGGGGACCAGAAUUAGAGAAGGUCGCUAUGGAAGACUACAAGGAUAACCCAGCUUUUUCGUUUUUGCAUGAUAAGAACAGCAGAGAAUUCCUUUACUACAGAAAGAAAGUGGCAGAGAUAAGAAAAGAGAACCAAAGUUCUCAGGCAUCCUCUUCUCAGAAAGUUUCACCCCCAGACGACGAAGAGACAAAGAACUCUGCUGAGAAACUGGCCAGGUUCAUAGCAGACGGGGGUCCCGAGGUGGAAGCUAUUGCCUUGCAGAACAACCGAGAGAACCAUGCUUUCAGGUUUUUAUAUGAGCCAAACAGCAAAGGCUACAAGUAUUACCGGCAGAAACUGGAGGAGUUCCGUAAGGCCAAAACCAGCACUGUGUGUGCCCCCUUGCCUGUAGAGUCCAGUCUGAAAAGGAAGACCAGUCCCGAGGCAUCACCAUCACCUUUGUGCUUAUCGUCUUUGCCCUCACCCUCACCUUUGCCCUUGCCCCUACCAUUGCCUGUUCCCUCGCCUUUGCCCUUGCCCUUGCCCGUUCCCUCGCCUUUGCCCUUGCCCUUGCCCGUUCCCUCGCCUUUGCCCUUGCCCGUUCCCUCAUCCUUGCCCUCACCCUCACCUUCACCAUCAUCCUCUACAACUCCACCUGAUCAGACAGCUACAACUACUGCUGCAACAACAACUACAGCUACUGCUCCAGGCACCACUAAAAAGAAGCGGAAGAGCAGGUGGGGGCCAGAGGAAGACAAGGUUGAAUUGCCCCUCCCACAGCUUGUCCAACAGUUGGAUUCUCCCUCCCCUCUUUCAGUUCAGGACCUCAAGGGUCUUGGUUAUGAAAAAGGGAAACCGGUUGGUUUGGUGGGUGUGACGGAGCUCUCUGAAGCCCAGAAGAAACAGCUGAAGGAGCAGCAGGAGAUGCAGCAGAUGUAUGACAUGAUCAUGAAGCACAAGCGAGCCAUGCAGGAGAUGCAGAUGAUGUGGGAAAAGGCGAUUCAGCAGCACCAACAUGGCUAUGACAGCGAUGAAGAGGUGGACAGUGAGCUGGGAACAUGGGAGCACCAGCUUCGACGCAUGGAGAUGGACAAGACGCGAGAGUGGGCUGAGCAGCUGACACAGAUGGGCAGAGGGAAACAUUUCAUCGGAGACUUUCUUCCACCUGAUGAGCUGGAGAAAUUCAUGGAGACGUUCAAGGCAUUGAAGGAAGGACGUGAGCCAGAUUAUUCUGAAUACAAAGAGUUCAAACUGACUGUGGAAAACAUAGGUUAUCAAAUGCUAAUGAAGAUGGGCUGGAAGGAAGGCGAGGGACUUGGCUCGGAUGGACAGGGGAUUAAAAACCCAGUCAGCAAGGGGACUACUGCUGUGGAUGGAGCUGGUUUUGGCAUCGAUCGUCCCGCCGAGCUAACCAAGGAGGAUGAUGAGUAUGAGGCAUUCCGUAAACGAAUGAUGCUCGCCUACCGCUUCCGACCAAAUCCAUUGAACAAUCCACGACGACCUUACUACUGAGAAUGUUUUUGGGACAAUGUAUUUUCAAAACAAUUGUAAUUUUACUGUGAAAUGUUAUGAAACUGCAUUAUC